AUGGCGCUAUCUCAUGCAUCGGAAGUUAGUAGUGUCUAUUCAUGUCCGAUAUCGCCGUUAACAGUACAGGAAGUUGAAAACUGUCCAGACAGUAAGGAGAAAUGGCAGGAAGCUGCGGCAAGAAAGAAUUGUGCAGCAUAUGCCAGUCAAUGUGAUGAACCUGAGAGACUUGUUUACCAUUGUGUCAUCAACUCAUUUAUCAAUGCGACAUUAGAAGUGUGUGCCUAUGCACAGUUCAUAGUGUUCGGUCAUUGUACAGAUUACAGCAUCAGUGGAAAUCUAAUAAAGCAGAACUGGGGAACAAACUGCGAAGUAUUUGAGACAAAACCUUGUCCAAAUGUUUAUCGAUCAACUGAAGCUUACAAGUACCCAGGCUGCUAUGAACUGACAAAAAAUUCGAAGAGGUCAACAACGAAAUUUGAAUUUGAGAUUUCGUCAACACGGGGUAUUCCGUCCGAUAAAAAGACCAAACUAUUGUAA